UAACCCAACCCUACUUCGAAGUGUUCUUUUUCUUCUUCUUUCUUCAUUAAAAGGAAGUCAUAGUUCAAUGGUUGUUAGCAAUUGAUGUCAUUUUGUACGUCACUCUAAUAAUUUUAUAAUCGGAGAUUGAAAUCUGGCGGCAACGUAAGCGACACGGAAUAUACCGCGUUCAAUUACUCAUCAAUAGACCAGAACACAUCAACAAAUUAAUAUGGGUAUUACUGGCUUAUUACCGUUUUUAGAAAAGUCUUCAAAAAAGACGAAUAUCAGAGAAUUUUCCGGUAGUGCUGUUGCAAUUGAUUCUUAUUGUUGGUUACACAAAGGUGUAUUCUCUUGUGCUGAAAAGUUAAUGAUGGGACAAAUUACGAAUGCGUAUGUUUUGUAUUGCAUGAAAUACAUACAUAUGCUUUUAAGAUACAAAAUAAAACCAAUUAUGGUGUUUGAUGGCCGACGACUUCCUGCUAAGGAACAAACAGAGAUUAAGAGAAAAGAAUCCAGACAAAUAAAUCGCCAUAAAGCACUCGAGUUAAUACAAAUGGGUCAAGUUGCAGAGGGGAAAAAUUUAUUGAAACGAGCUAUAGAUAUAACUCAUGAAAUAGCAUUGGAAUUAAUUAAACACUGCCAGAAUGAGAACAUUGAUUGCAUCGUAGCUCCAUAUGAAGCAGAUGCACAAUUAGCUUAUUUAAAUAUUAGUAAUAUAGCUGAUGUUGUUAUUACAGAAGAUAGCGAUUUAACAUUAUUUGGCUGUAAAAAAAUAUUUUUCAAAAUGGAUUUUAAUGGAAAUGGAGUUUUGAUUGAACAAGACCGAUUACAUUUAGCAAUGGAUAUAUCACCUGAACAAUUUAAUAUGGAUAUGUUUCGUUACAUCUGUAUUUUAUCUGGUUGUGAUUAUCUUCCUUCUCUUCCUGGCAUUGGCUUGGGAAAGGCGCAAAAAUUUAUUAAGAAAAAUACAGAUCACAAUAUAUAUAGAGCGUUGACACGAAUGGGAUCAGUACUCAACAUGAAGUCAUUGGUUGUAACACAAGAAUAUAAAGAUGCAUUUAUAUUAGCGGAUAUAACAUUCAAACAUCAAUUAGUAUUCUGUCCGUUACAAAGGAAGCAAGUGCGAUUGAAUCCACCCACAGCUGAUAUUAGCAAUGAUCAAUUACAACAUGCCGGUAAAGAAUUAGAUGCCGACCUCGCUUUACAAUUAGCCUUAGGCAAUUGUGAUCCAUCCACUUUAAAGAUGGUUCACAAUUUUAAUCCAGAUAAAAUUGAACGAAAAAGAAAGCGAGAUGUGGAAACAGUACAAACAGAGAUGAUUUCCACUAGUAUUUGGUCGAGGAAAUAUGAUUUAAAAAUGAAAAAUAAUGUCUUCUUCGAAAAUGCAGUGAAUUCUUCAAUUGCAGGAAAAGAGUUGGCUACACAUGGAUAUUCUUUAAAAAAUGUUUCAUCAAAAUCUCAUAAUUCUACCAUGCAAUGCGAUAGGCUUUCAACAUUACAGAAUGUAAACAAAAAUAGUGUUUUGGAUAUGUACAACAUAAAUAAAGAUGCUGAACUAAUUGCCAAUUCUGAAAAAAGCUCUGAAGAAUAUUUACACUUGGCAGAAAGCAAUGUAUCUCCAGAGUUAUAUAGAAAAAGAAAUCAAUUUGUUAAACAAGUAUCCAAUCUUACAACUUCACCAAGUGUUUUAUUCAAUAAAAAUUAUCGAAAAAAAGGGAGAAAUUUAAUGCAUAUAAAACGAACUGUCGUAGAUGAAAAUAUUAUAAUAGAAAGUAAAUAUUUCUUGAAACAAAAUGAGAAAAAAUAUGAUAUACUUGAGUUGGAAAAUAAAAGAACUGAAAAGGUCAAUUUUGAAAGUGCAAAAUGUAAUAUAACUGCAGAAAUAGAUACUAAUGUGUAUGAUAUCGAAGCAAAUAGGGAACAAGAAGAAAAAAUAGUAUCUUUACCGGACCAUGCAGAAAGUGCAGAAUUAAUGAAAAGUAUUGACGAUGCAGUCUUAUCAAAUCAAAAUGGAUGUUUAAUUAAUGCUCAUGAAGAUAUUUCUGAAAUAACAUACUCCACAUCAUCAAGCACUAAUGUAAAAACCACUAAUUUAAUCAAUUGUAAAAAUAUGGAUAAUUCACAAGAUAACUUAUCCAAAUGGUUUGAUACAAAUAAUUGUCAAGUCUCUUGCAAUAAAAAAAAAAUUUGUAAAGAACAAAAUUCUGCAAAUUCUGUAUUAGGAGUUAAUUCGGAAAUAAAAAAGAAACAAUUGCGUCAGAGUAAACAAUUGUCAUCAGUUUCCAGGCAAGGUUUAUUAAGUAUGUAUGGAUUUCAAAAAAGAUCGACUCUUAAACACUGACUUUAAGGAUUUAUUAAAUUUGCUUUCGUUAAAGUUUAGUUACUAUCAAUUCUAUGCAAUAAGUAUUGACAAAAAUGCCAUUCUCCAAAUUUAUUUUCGUUUUUAUUUUUAAUUCGUAUUUAUUUUUUUAUUUGUAUUUGGAAUUCGUAUAUAGCUACAAAAAAUGUAAUGACUACUGUAAUGUAUGUACUAUUGGUAUAAGAUCGUGAUUAACAAUUAUUUGAAAUAAAUUUCAGAAACACGUACAAAUCGAUUUUACAUAUAAAUCUAUCUGUCAUAAUAGCAUUCAACUACCAUGUACAUGAACUGUUAGUUAAGCAUUAGAAUAAAUACAAACGUUUUAGUAUUUCUAAUUAUAGAUAUUAGAAUUUCUUUGAAACAUUAUAUAGUACAUCAUAUGUCUUACGAAAUAAAAUUAUCUUCUUAAAAUUUAUCUUGAAUGUAUUGUGUCUGUGAAAUUGCAAUUAGCUGUACUUGAUCGAUAUCAAACUUCAGAAAAAUCAAUAAUGUUUAACAAAUGAAAUGGUAUUGUGUAGAGAUAAGUAAACAAAAAAAAGAUUAUGACAGCGAAAUCUUGCACGGACCUAGAUGGGCCGAGUGGACACAAUACAGAUCUCAAACUUGAAAAGAUUGCGCUGACUUUAUGUAGAAAUGAGUACAAAAUUUGUAUAAUAAGAAAAUAUAAAAUAGAAUGUGUUAUUAAUUUUUCUAUAACAUGAACCAAUUAACUAUU